AUGGCAUCUUCAGACGCCGACCGCUACUUUGCCUACGAGGCGCGUCUUGCAUCCUUCCAAAAGACAACCAAGAAACGCGGGUCAACCGCCGGCGGCCGGGGCAAGGCGCUCAACUGGCCGCACAAGCAGAUUACUCACGAAAGACUUGCCAAGGCCGGUUUCUACUUCGACCCGAGCCCCGACAGCACCGACAAUGUUGUUUGUUACCUUUGCGACAAAGGCCUCGACGGCUGGGAGGCCGGCGACGACCCCAUCCUCGAGCACCUCAACCACAUGCCUGGCUGCGGCUGGGCCAUCAUGGCUGCCAUCGAGGCCGAGGUCGGUGACUAUAGCAGGGAAGACCCAAACCAGGACUACAUACUCGAUGCGCGCAAGGCCACGUUUGGUGGCCGAUGGCCGCACGAGGGAAAGAAGGGGUGGAAGUGCAAGACCAAGCAGCUCGCCGAGGCCGGCUGGAAAUACACUCCUUCCCUCGAGUACGACGACAUGACAACAUGCGCAUAUUGCGACCUGGCACUCGACGGCUGGGAGCGAAAUGACAAGCCCUAUGACGAACAUUACCGACGAGCCCCUGGCUGCGCCUUCUUCGCGCUGUCUGCCCAAUUUGGCGGCCCUAAGAAGAAGACCAGCCGAAGCAAGGCCGCCCGCGGGUCCAAGGCCUCCCGCUUGUCCGGCCAGUCCGUUGCAACCGUAGCCUCCGAGGCCUGGUCCGCAGCAGACGCGACCGCAGAGGUCGAGGACAGCGUUCUCACCACUGCCUCAACCAUGACACAAGGGGGGCGAAAGACGAAGGCGCGCAAGGGCGCCGCCGCAAAGAGCAGCCGCAGCAAGUCGAAGAAGGCGGAUCCUCCAGUUGUCGAGUCUGUUCCAGAGCCCGAACCUGAGCCCGUGAUCUCUCCGCCUAAGCCAGCGAAGACGACCCGUGGGAAGAAACGAACAAGCGACGCCAUGAAUGAAUCCUCGGUGCUCUUAGUCUCCGAGGGCCCAGCACCCAAGAAGCGAGCCACACGCACUCGGAGCAGUACCCUGACAGAUGCUUCCACGGUCAUUCCCGACGAUAGCGAAAUGAUUGACGCCCCUGCCCCCAUUCAAAAAGCCGGUGCCCGCAAAAAGUCGUCAAAUGCCAAGUCCAGAAUCAUCUCGACAGUGUCUACCGCGUCCAUGGCAUCGCUGAGGGGACCGCCUGAAGAGUUUCCCGAUGACGAGGAGAUCGAGCGCCAGCUUGAGGCUGAUCUCGCCAGGGCAUGGAGCGACGACGAGCUGGCUCACGAUUCCGAGUCCGAAGCGAACCGGAGCCGCAUGAGCGCCGCCGCCAGAAAGUCGACGGACUAUGCCAUGUUUGCCCCCGCUGCGGCCGAGGCCGACGAUGCCGACGUGGAGGAGGAGCUGCGGGCGUUGCAGAAGGAGAUGGCUGUUGAGGAGCCAGCAUACGAGCACCAGCCCGAGCCCGAGCCUCAAGUUGAGCUGGAACCUGAACCAGAGCCAGAGCAGUUACAGGUACCGAAGAAGGGGCGUAAAGCUGGAACCCGCAAGGCGUCGAAGCAAGUCAAGUCGAAGAAGACAAAGGCCGCGUCUCCUCCUCCUGAGGAACCCGAGAUUCCGGAUCAACAUGUCGAGGAGCCUGCUCAAAAGCCGGCUGAGGAGCCCCAAGACAUCAGUAUCGGAAGUACCGACACCGUGGUCAAGAACCCGGAGCCGGAGCCCGAAAAGGAGCCGGAACAGGAGGCGGUUGCAACAGCGGCUCCCAAGAGGGGCCGUGGACGGCCUCCUAAGCUCUCGCUUGCAUCUCAAGCAUCCCAGGAGUCGGUCGAUGUCUUGGCUGAGCCUUCAGCUAAACCACCUGUGAAGCGGGGACGGGGUCGCCCUUCAAAGCUGUCGCUUGCCUCUCAAGCUUCGGCGGAGGCUGAGGCGACUGAGGCCCUCGAGAAGCCACAACCUCAAGCGACGGAGCAACCGGUAAAGCGCGGGCGAGGCCGCCCUUCCAAGGCAUCUCUGGCGUCGCAAUCCUCUACCAUGGCGGACGAGGCCAAACCCGCAGAGGCUCCUGCUAAGCGCGGCCGUGGCCGUCCCCCAAAGAAACCGAGGGAGUCAGUCGACGCUCCUAAGCCGACGCCCAACGUCGAAGAACAGGAGAAUGAUGAGGUCGACAUUGUCACUACGGCUGACGAACCGGAGUUACCUGCCGCCGAGGAGCCCGAGAGCCUGCCGCUGGUGAGGGAGGACGAACCAGCACGGGCACCGGCGCAAAGCCUCGCUCAGCCGCCGUCGACCCCAGCCAAGGUCAUCUCCCCCGCGCCUUCAGCGAAACAGCCUGCGCUUUCUCCGUCGCCGUCGCCCCAGUCGUCCGAUGCCGAGAACCAGCCCCCAUCAUCCAAGCCCGCAACGAGCGUCAAGGCCAAGAGAAUACCCCUCGCGCCGAUGGCGGCCACGCCCCUGCACGCUUCGCCGUCUAAGCGAAACGUUCUCGCGGGUCUUCAGAGCAGCACGCCCUGGACGGCCGUGGACCUCGAUGCUGUCUUGGGCACACCGCGGGUCAGCGUAGACAAGGAGAACACUGUCGGGCGGCUGCUGAACAAAGGCAAGGAGCUCACGAGCCCCGAGAAGGGUAUGACGGUGGAGGAGUGGAUCUACUUCAAUGCCGGCGAGGCAGAGAAGAAGCUCAAGCACGAGUGCGAAGCCAUAGUCAAUGAGUUUGAGCGGGAGGGGACGAGGGCAAUGAACGUGCUCGAGGGGCUUUCGGUUGAUUAA